CUGGGUCGCGGGGUCUUUCCUUGUUGUCCAUGUGCGGAUUGAGGCGGUGGCGAUGGGUGGAUUGGAGAAGAAGAAGUUUGAAAGAGGAGCUGCCACAAACUACAUUACCAGAAAUAAAGCCAGGAAGAAGCUGCAGCUCAGUCUUGCAGAUUUCAGGCGAUUAUGCAUUCUGAAGGGUAUUUAUCCUCAUGAACCUAAACACAAGAAAAAGGUUAACAAAGGCUCAACUGCUGCACGUACUUUCUAUCUCAUCAAAGAUAUCAGGUUCUUGUUGCAUGAGCCUAUUGUGAACAAGUUUCGUGCUUAUAAAGUAUUUGUCAGGAAACUCCGUAAGGCCUAUGGAAAAGCUGAAUGGAGUACAGUUGAAAGGCUUAAGGACAAUAAACCUGUGUACAAACUGGAUCAUGUGGUCAAAGAAAGAUAUCCUACCUUCAUAGAUGCACUCCGUGACCUGGAUGAUGCGUUGUCCAUGUGCUUCCUAUUUGCCACGUUCCCUCGCACGGGUAAAUGCCAUGUACAGACAAUUCAGUUAUGUCGGCGCCUAACUGUGGAGUUUAUGAAUUUUGUAAUUGCCUCCAGGUCGCUUCGAAAGGUAUUCCUGUCUAUCAAAGGAAUUUAUUACCAGGCUGAAGUUCUUGGUCAACUGAUAACCUGGAUUGUGCCCUAUUCAUUUUCACAUGAUCAUCCAACAGACGUGGACUACAGAGUGAUGGCAACCUUCACAGAGUUUUUCACAACUCUUCUCGGGUUUGUCAAUUUUAGGCUGUACCAGAGCCUCAAUCUUCUUUAUCCUCCAAAGCUUGAAAACAAACCUGAAGAAAGUGAACUCAAGCAAGACAAUGAAGAGAAAUAUGCAAUGGACUCUGAAAGUUAUAUGGAGAAACUUGCUGCCUUGGGUGCAAGCUUAGCUCGUGUGGUAUCUUCAAAUGAAGAGGAUGAUGUGGCACCAGAUGAAUUCCCUGCAGAUGGAGAAAAUGCAGUGCUGCUUGAAGAGAAGCAAAAAGAGCAACAAAUAUUAGAAAAACAGAAGAAGCUGUUUGAGGGGAUGAAGUUUUUCUUGAACAGAGAAGUGCCACGUGAAUCACUGGCAUUUGUCAUCAGGUGUUUUGGAGGCAUGGCAUCAUGGGAUAAGUCACUUUGUAUAGGUGCUGCUUAUCCUGUUACAGAUGAAACUAUUACUCACCAGAUAGUGGACAGGCCAAAUCUUGAUAAACAGUUUAUCAACAGGUAUUAUAUCCAGCCGCAGUGGAUUUUUGACUGUGUUAAUGCCAAAACACUUCUUCCUGUAGAAGAUUAUUUUCUGGGAGUGACUUUACCACCUCAUCUGUCCCCGUUUGUGGAGGAGAAAGAUGGAGAUUACAUUCCACCAGAGAAACUCAAACUCUUGGCCAUUCAGAGAGGCGAGAAUACAUAUGAAAACAAAACUGAAUCUGAAGAGGAUGAACAGAGUGAUGAAGAGUCUGAGGAUGAAGAAGAUGAAGAUAUGGAUGAAAUAGAAAAGCAAGAUGAGAAAAGACUGAAGAAUAUGGAGGCUGAGAAGGUGAAAAACAAACAACUAAAUGUGAAAGUAACUCCAGGGACUGUCAAGGUGGAGAACAAAACCGAGGUGUCCCAACGAGAACAAGCUGAGGAAAAGCGCCUGGCUAUCAUGAUGAUGAAAAAAAAGGAGAAGUAUUUGUACAAAAAAAUUAUGUUUGGCAAGAAGAGAAAAGUUCGUGAGAAAAACAAGUUGGCAGCUAAGAGGAAGGCUCAUGACGAUGUACUUAAAGCUGAGAAAAAGAAGAGCAAGAAAGUUAAGUUACAAUAAAAUACUGAAAACAUUGCCUAUUUGAGAUUUUAAACUAAAUUCCAAUAAGUUUGGCAGUACAGAUUCCUUGAACGGUGAUGAGCUUCAAGAUACUGUUCUUUUCUGAGGCAGUUUCAUUGUGUGCUAGAUUUCAUGAGUUACCACCUAGCUAAAUGGAAAGAACUCUGUCUGUAAAAAGUUAUUUAAGACUUUGCUACAAGAGUACUUGAGCAACGCAAGAUUGAACUGUUGUCCUUACAGAACAUGCCUUAUGCUUGUCGAUUUCUUGCCCUAUUGUAUAGAGUGCUCUAUUUUUAAAAUCUAAAAGUCCCAUUUUGGCAUUGUAGACCUAUUGUAAUCAGAACAACUAAGGCCUGCAGAAAUAUGUACUACAUUGAGUGCAGCAUAAACUCGCACUGAAGAAUGGGAAAAGUCAAAAGUGGAAUCAUAAUUUAAAAAGCAGUGUGAUCUGAUAAAUGUACAUUUUGUAAUUCCAAGUUUGUUUCUUGUACAGUCAUCAGAUUAAAAGAUUUCAGUUCACUUCA